AUGUCUGCGAACCAGAAAACAGCGAUCAUAUCGGUCUACGACAAGCUUGGACUACUAGACCUAGCCAAGGGAUUAAUCAAGCACAAUGUACGCCUCCUUGCUUCGGGGGGCACUGCGAAGAUGAUCCGAGAGUCCGGGUUUGACGUCGAGGACAUUUCUGCCAUUACCCAUGCCCCAGAGAUGCUGGCUGGACGAGUCAAAACUCUCCAUCCAGCAGUCCAUGCCGGUAUCCUUGCGCGCGAUCUUGCCUCUGAUGAAAAAGACCUGGCGGAACAGAACAUCGACAAAGUCGACUAUGUUAUAUGCAAUUUGUAUCCAUUCAAGGAUACCGUUGCGAAGAUCAAUGUCACUAUUUCCGAAGCUGUCGAAGAAAUCGAUGUUGGAGGAGUCACUUUGAUCCGUGCUGCGGCCAAGAACCAUACGAGAGUCACUAUUCUGAGUGACCCUGCAGACUACCCAGAGUUUCUUCAAGAAUUGGAAAAUGGUGAAAUCUCUGACCGUAGCCGGAACCUAUACGCUCUGAAGGCGUUUGAACACACAGCUGAUUACGACAAAUCUAUUUCUGAGUUUUUCCGAAAGAAGUACGCAGGUGACGGCGUCCAGCACUUGGCACUUAGAUACGGAGCAAAUCCGCAUCAAAAACCGGCUGCGGCUUUGGUCGAGCAUGGAUCAUUACCAUUCAAGGCCUUGAAUGGUUCGCCUGGCUACAUUAACCUUCUAGAUGCUCUGAAUGGAUGGGCAUUGGUUAAAGAAUUGAAGACCGCACUUGGACAAGCAGCUGCCACAAGCUUCAAGCACGUUUCUCCUGCCGGAGCAGCAAUUGGUGUACCUCUAAGCGCGGACGAGAGGAAGGUUUACAUGGUCGAUGAUAUUGAAGGUCUGGAGAGCUCACCUUUGGCACAAGCCUAUGCCCGUGCCCGUGGUGCCGAUCGAAUGAGUAGUUUUGGUGACAUGAUUGCUUUGAGCGAUGUUGUUGAUGUUCCAACUGCGAAGAUCAUUUCGAGAGAGGUUUCUGAUGGUGUCAUUGCUGCCGGUUAUGAGGAUGCCGCUCUCGAAAUCCUUAAGAAGAAGAAAGGCGGGAAAUAUCUUGUGCUACAGAUGGAUCCAGAAUAUGAGCCAGCUGGCCCAGAGUCUAGGACAGUAUAUGGCAUCACCUUAACCCAGCACCGAAACGAUGCCCAUAUCUCGCCCAAGUCUUUCACUUCAAUCAUCACUCCAAAGGAAUCAGGUCCAUUGCCGGAUUCUGCCAAUAGGGAUUUGACGGUAGCUACAAUUUCUUUGAAAUACACUCAAAGUAAUUCGGUUUGCUACGCCCUCAAUGGUCAAAUCAUCGGACUAGGGGCAGGGCAGCAGUCACGCAUUCAUUGCACUCGGCUUGCUGGUGAUAAGGCCGACAACUGGUGGCUGAGAUUCAACCCACGAGUCCUAGGUAUAAAGUGGAAGAAGGGCACCAAGCGACCAGAUAAGAGCAAUGCAAUUGACUUGCUAGUCAGCGGACAGUUACCAAAAGAUGGCCCAGAGAGAGAUGGUUACGAAGCCUUCUUCGAUGAAGUCCCGGAGCCGUUCAGCGAGGAGGAGAGGAAGGAAUGGCUGGGAAAGCUGAGCGAGGUAGCUGUUUCAAGUGAUGCCUUCUUCCCAUUCAUCGAUAAUGUCUACAGGGCUGGACGUUCCGGAGCCAAGUACAUUGCGGCACCAAGUGGCAGUCAGAAUGACAAGGGUGUAUUUGAGACGGCCGAGAAGCUGGGUAUCACAUUUGUUGAGCAGAGCAUCCGCCUGUUCCACCACUAG